GCACUUUCUUACAACACGUCCGUCUACCCCACGUUACGUUCAUGUCAUGCAUAUGCACCGAGCCCUUUUCCACCUGCAUACGGGUUUGUUUUCCGCUGCUCACUUGGCGGAAGAGAGCUUUGCCGCCGUUUCUCCGCCCCGCGCUCACUUGCCGAAGUGGAAGCUCCACGCUUUCCGAGGAACCUGGAGCUUAGCUUAGCUCACAACGACCAUGGCUUCAUUGUGCGGCAAUAGCCAGGGCAUUUUGUUCCUUGCUCGCCUCUACCUUACUCUCUGUCUCCCGUUUCGUUGAUACCCUCACAUCUGUCUUUUAGCGUUUCCUCACAGCAGAGUGUUAGUGACAAUGGCAUUCGUACAAAAGGGUCUCAAGAACAUCCUCCAAAAGAAUCCCCACGACGUCGUCUUUCUAUCCGCACUCCGCACACCAGUCACACGAGCGAAGAAGGGUGGAUUGCGGGAUGCUUACGAUCAUGAACUCUUAGGCGCCGUCCUCGCCGCCACGCUGAAGAAGUUCCCCAACCUCGAUCCCGCGAAAAUAGACGACGUAUGCAUCGGCACCGUCCUGGCUGAGCUUGGUGGCUCAAAAGCCGGUCGCAUGGCUGCCAACCACGUCGGCAUACCGACCACCACGUCCUUCAGCACCGUCAACCGUGCUUGCGCAUCUGGUCUCAGCGCCAUAACGUCGAUUGCGAAUUCCAUCGCCGUGGGCCAAAUAGACGUCGGCAUUGCUGGCGGCAUGGAAAGCAUGACACGGAACUACGGGUCACGAGCUAUUCCCACGGAGCUCUGGCCCGAGAUGAAGGACAGUCCGGUAAAAGAAGCUCGAGACUGUAUAAUGAGCAUGGGCAUAACAUCGGAGAACGUCGCCUCGCGAUAUGGAGUAAGCAGGGCAGACCAAGACGCAUUUGCAGCGCAAUCACAGCAGCGCGCCGCAAAAGCGCAAGCUAGCGGGAAUUUUGACGAUGAGAUUGUACCGGUCACUACGCGCUGGAUUGAGCCUGAAGUCCCCGAGACACAGAAGAGCGUGACGGUGCACAAGGACGAUGGCAUCAGACCGACCACGACGAUUGAGAAACUAGCAGCCAUGAAACCAGCCUUUAGCAAAGACGGCACAAGUACAGCCGGAAACUCGUCGCAGGUUUCCGACGGCGCGUCCGCAGCUCUCAUGAUGCGUCGUUCCACUGCUACCACGCUCGGUCUUGAAUCCGCCAUUGUGGGGAAGUGGGCGGGUACACAGGUUGUGGGGUGCUCGCCGGAUGAGAUGGGCGUUGGUCCCGCUUUGGCCAUACCGAAGUUGCUCGAUUAUACUGGUCUUACGGCGGAGGAUGUCAAUGUUUGGGAAAUCAACGAGGCGUUUGCUAGUCAGGCUUUGUACUGCGUGAGGAAAUUGGGAUUGGAGAGUAAGAUGGAUAGGAUUAAUCCGAAUGGAGGCGCGAUUGCAUUGGGUCAUCCGCUUGGGGCGACGAGUGGGAGGAUGUUGGCGACGCUGUUGAGUGAGAUGGGGAGGAGUGGGGAGCAGGUUGGUGUGCUGAGUAAGUGUAUAGGGACGGGUAUGGGGAUGGCUAGUUUGAUUGUGCGGGAAUAGAGGGAAUGGAUGUCUAUUCAAUUCAUGAAUUAUUUCUCUUUCCUGAAGAAAAGAUUAGGCUCAUUGAUUAAUUUCGCCAUGGGUUGUAUGUAGGUCUACUCCGAAGCUGGUACACUGGGUAUCGAAUUAAGAAAAA